AUGGCGGCUGAUGAAGCGCCAAACCUGAACCUCUCCCCUGAUGAGAAGCGCACCUACGGACAGCUCUUCCGACAAGCUGAUUCCGACAGCGUUGGUGUCGUGGUUGGUGAAAUUGCUGUCAGGUUCUUCCACAAGACAGGUCUAGACUCCCGCAUCCUAGGCGAGAUCUGGCAGAUUGCCGACAAGGAGAACCGAGGUUUCCUAACACCAGCUGGCUUUGGCAUCGCUCUACGACUCAUUGGCCACGCACAAGCUGGCCGCGAACCGUCGCCCGAGAUAGCUCUCCAACAAGCUCCCCUACCUCGAUUCGAUGGCAUCGCGCCUCAAGGCGGCGCUCCCGCUGGUGGCAUACCCCCGCCUCCGCCCGUCCCCGUCAGCUCGCCGCCUCCUCCAGCCGCUCUCCAAGCCCAGAGCACUGGCGGACCGAUCCGCAUCCCGCCCCUGACUCCCGAGAAGGUCGCACAAUAUACUGGUCUAUUCGAACGCCAGCCCCUUCAAGGUGGCCAGCUUCCCGGUGACCAAGCCAGAACCAUCUUUGAGAAGUCCGGUUUGCCAAAUGAGGCGUUGGGAAGGAUAUGGCAACUUGCCGAUACUGAGCAGCGCGGUGCUCUUGUCUUGACUGAGUUUAUUAUUGCCAUGCACCUACUCACCUCCAUGAAGACUGGCGCAUUGAGAUCUCUCCCUAAUGUUCUUCCCGCUGGUCUUUACGAGGCUGCCUCCCGUCGUGGCCCAGUCUCACGUCAAGCUUCGACCGGUCCUGGCAUUUCUGCCAUUCCUCGACAAUUAAGCGGAACAGCCCAAGUUCGCACAAACAGUCCUCUCGGUCGUCCUCCUAUGUCCCCGCAGCAAAGCGGUGCGAGCGACUGGCUAGUGACACCUGCCGACAAGGUUCGUUUUGAUCAGAUUUAUUCCGACCUUGACAAGGGAAAUAAGGGUUACAUCACAGGAGAGGAGGCCGUUACUUUCUUCAGCCAGUCCAAUUUACCUGAAGAUACUUUGGCUCAGAUCUGGGAUCUUGCAGACACAAACUCCCAGGGCCAGCUUACUCGCGAACAGUUUGCGGUUGCUAUGUACCUGAUAAGACAACAGAGGACAGGCCGCUCAGUUCCUGUGCCUACUACUCUACCAGCUAAUCUGGUUCCUCCUAGCCUCCGCAGCCAGGUUCGCCCCCAUACUGCUACAUCUGCAUUCGAUCCUCCUCCCGCGCCUGUGAUACAAGCUCCUCCCCCUCAACCCAAGUCUGCUCUCGAUGACUUGUUCGGUCUUGAAUCAGGCACCUCCAGCCCUGCGCCUCCGCCUCCUGCUCAAGCCCCGAUGUCAACAGGGGGUUCAAAUGCUAACGACCCCUUUUCUGGUGGUUCGGCACUUACACCUACUUCCCCCAUGAAGCCAUCUCUUACAGGAACUGGCGGUUCAAGCUUCAAGCCAUUUGUGCCGUCCUCUUCCUUCGGUAGGGGCUUGACACAGCAGCCUACUGGUGGUUCAACCGGCUCUGGCCAAAAGCUUUCGGCGCCUUCUGCAUCUGAGGACUUGUUGUCUGACAACGACGAGGCCAGCAAGAACAUCUCUGGAGAAACCACCGAGCUUGCGAACCUCUCGAACCAGAUCUCAUCUCUGUCUAAGCAAACCCAAGAUGUUCAAGCAAAGAGGACCACAACUCAGAACGAACUGAACCAGGCCACAUCCCAGAAGCAGAACUUUGAGCAGCGACUCGCUCAAUUGCGCACGCUGUAUGAAAAGGAGGCACAAGACACUCGCGCUCUCGAGGAGCAGCUCAGCAAUGCGCGAAAGGAGACCUCUAAGCUUCAGUCUGAGUGCAUGGCACUUGAGGGAACUUACCGGGACACUCAGACCCAGCACCAGCAGAUGUUGGCGGCUCUCCAGGCGGAUCAACAAGAGAACACUAACCUCAGAGAGCGAAUCAGGGUGGUUAACGGAGAGAUUGCGCAGCUCAAACCACAAAUCGAGAAGCUCAAGUCUGAUGCUCGCCAGCAGAAGGGACUGGUCGCCAUCAACAAGAAGCAAUUGUCUACUACAGAGGGCGAGCGCGACAAGCUCAAGACGGAGGCGGAAGAGCUCAACAAGAGCAUUGACGACCUCCGACAAGCAAACACUGGCUCACCACGCUCGCCAUCGGCUCAGAUCGCAAGUCCUGCUCCAUCGACCUCCAGUGCCAACAACCCCUUUUUCCGCCGAACUGCAAGCACUGAUAUCAUGGGUGCAUUUUCUUCUCCUCCUCCCACAAAGAACGCCUCUGACAAGUCUUUCGAUGACCUCUUCGGCCCCUCGUUCCCACCCAGUGCUUCGGCCACUCCCCCUCCACCUCCUCAGACAUACUUCAAGCCCCAGCAUACAGGUGCCUCAGCUGCCAGUGUUGGUUCAUACAGCACUCCUCCUGCGUCAAACUCUCCUGUCAUGAGCCGCCAGGUAACUCUUGCUGCUGAGCCUCCUGCCCCCCCUGAGUCGAGACAGAUCAGCUCUAGCUUCCUACCCUUCCCUGACCAUACUGACUCACUCUCAUCUUCCCGUCAGGUGUCGCCUCCCGCAUCGCGCGCCGGUGACCCCCUCCAUGGAUCGGCUACCCCUGUUCCAGGCGACAUGAAAUCGUCAGACAGCGUUGCAAGCAGCCUGCCUGGUGCUUUCCCUGGCGAUGAUCUUGAUAAGACUGAUGGUACAGAGACACCGUCUGCCACUGCCGAUGCUCCUCAUGACGAUACGCCAAAGCCUGCUGAGGCCGCUGACCCUUUCGGCAGCACUGACGAGGCCAAGGCCAAGGCCGACUUUGAGAACGCAUUCGCUGCCUUUACCACUUCUAAGAACCAAAGCAAGCCUUCCCCUGAGGCCAACAAGUCGUCCACAUUCGAUUCGGAGUUCCCUCCCAUCUCGGAACUCGAGCGUGACGAGGAAGAAGAUUCUGAUUCAAGCAGUGAUAAUGGAGGCUUUGAUGACAACUUCACGCCUGCUUCUCCCCCCGCCAAAGUGUUUGGCGAGAAAGCUUCUGCUGAAGAGUCACCCGAGCUUACCCACGCAGCCCCUGUAAGCACUUCACCACCAGCCCAAGAGGCUCACUCACCCCCGGAGACCAAAGCCAGCGUCGAGCAACCUUCUUCGCCUGCGACCAUUACCGAGAACAAUGCCCAAAAGUCGUCGGUUGAUGAUAUCUUUGGCGCGGCUGCUUCUGGUACUGCCCCUACAUCUCAACAGCCAGUCCCAUCCAACCCUCCUCAGCAAAAGGGUGCCUUUGAUGAACUGGAUAGUGACUUUGAGGGCCUAGAGGAUGCUAAGGAAGGUUCCGCUGAUGAGGAUUUUGCCAACAUCUCUCGCUCUGGACUGGAUGACUUCAACCCUGUUUUCGACAGCAGCCCACCUGGAAGCCAGGCCAAGACCGAAUCCACCGCUUUCGGCAACGAGAGCUUUGACUUCGUCUCUGCUAGUUCCACUGGCCCAACUCAGCCCGCUGCUGGAGCUAACCAGCAGAAGGCCCCUGAAGCCCACGACUGGGAUGCCAUCUUCUCUGGGUUUGACUCCCCCAGCGCAACUGCUGCCCAGCCCGCUACCUCUGACAAGCCAGCAGGUGAUGUCCAUCCUGGUCAGCAUGCUUUGAACCGCACUUUGUCGGCCGAAUCUGAGCAUGACGACCCUAUCCUCAAGAGCCUGACCAGCAUGGGCUACAAGCGACAUGAGGCUCUGGAUGCUCUUGAGAAAUACGACUACGAUCUUGACAAGGCUGCAAACUUCCUGGCUAGCCGCUCAUAA